AUGGUGUCCGUCCACGAGGAGGAAGCUUUUAGAAAGGGCACCCUUCAAGGACAAGCACUUUCACCUCGACAAAGGGAGCAGAUGCUGAGCAAAUACCUACCGAAAGAGCCGAUCAACAAACCAAAGACAAGUCGGAGAAAUGAUGGCCCACGAUUCCACCACCGCCAACGAGUCCGUCCGGCCAUGCGCCAUAUCCUCCAUGUACUGGUCUUCAACAUCAUCCAUAUCUUCUUCUCGAUAUACGUGCGGUCACGGCAGAUAUACCACGCCCUGCUCGAUCGCGCACUCGCGGUCGUCUACUAUCACCAUCGAACCCCGGAGCUCAUCAAACGGGAUGUCAAGUCCUUGAGCAAGGUUCCGCAGCAUCUGAGUGUGAUAUUGGAGCUGCAGCCAGAGGGAGGAAAGAAAGAUGGACUCGAGACACUGUUGAACGACGCAUGCGAGUUGGCGGCUUGGAGUGCAAGCGCAGGCGUGCCGAUGCUGAGCAUCUACGAGCGGACAGGCAUCCUCAAAUCCUCCCUCCCACACCUCCACCGCCGCAUAAGCCGCACCCUGACCUCCUACUACGGCGCCUCCUCUCCCUCCAAACCGACCAUCUCCCUCCGCUCCCCGAAUCUCCCCUCCUAUAGCCCUCCCACCUCUCCAGACCUCAACCCGACCUCCUCCGCCGACGAGCCCUCAACCCACCACCUCACAAUCCUCCUCCUCGACGCCUCCGACGGCCGCCAAACUCUCGUCGACCUAACGAAGACCCUCGCGGAAAUGUCUCAACGCAAUAAGCUUCGCCCCGCAGAUGUCUCCGCCGAGCUGAUCGAUGCCGAGAUAUCGGAAAGCGUAAUGGGCGAGCCGGACUUGCUCAUUGUGUUUGGCGGACGGGUGGUAUUGCAGGGGUACCCGCCGUGGCAGGUGCGGUUGACGGAGAUUUACUAUGCGCAGGAUAACGUGGGUGGAGUUGGAUAUCAGAUUUUCUUGAAGGCUCUGUUCAAGUAUGCAAAGGCGGAGUUUAGAUUCGGGCGAUAG